CUAAACGCUCGGCGCGACAACACACAGCUGCGUUUAUUCUCAUUCUGGUGGAAGACCACAAUACGUUUCGAAACAAAAAAUCCUGCGCGCGCGCUUCACGUAUUCAUCCUAGCCAACGAAUAAGUGAUCUCCGUCUGUACGCACAGCUACAACCACCAAAACGACCUCGCGAGGUGAUUCGUCCUUUAAGGAUUGAAAAGCAAUAAUUUCCCAACGAUUAUACGAUGACAGCAACACGUUGACAAAAGUGAAUCAUGUGAAGCAAACGGAUGCUGUCGUGAUGGUUCACUGCGACUUAAAUAAAUGUUUAUGAUCGUGUAAAAGUGAUUGAUGGUGCCGAAAAGCAACGUCGAAGGGUUUCAAAUGAUCUGAGCGAAGAAUUCUGAGGAAACAAUUUGGUUUUGUUCAUUUUGGUUGCUGUGGAAGUGUGUCCCUCCAAAUUUGCAAAAUAAUCUUCUACUGCAUUGUUAGUAAUGCGUACUCCGAGGGUCGCUCGAUCCGUUGUUUUGCAGAAGGUCUAAUUAUAUUUUAAUUAAUUAAUUACGCUACAUUUUAAUAGCGAGCGCAGCGAAGAUAGAAGCAACAGAAAUUUUAUACUGGCGACAAAUUUCAGUGCACGAAAACAAGUGGAUCCAACGAAGCAGAUCACAUAACUAGCAGGAGAAUCAAAAGUGUGUGCAAAAGUGAUCUUAGACCACCAGUUGCAGCGUGUUUACUGUAUGAAAUUAAAAUUUGCUCAUACACGGUUACCGAUUAUUGCAGAAAACCGUUGCGAAUCAUAGAAAAGGAUAGACCAUCGAAGUCAAGUCGAGGACCGUUAGAGUGUGGUUAAUGUUUCGUGUUUAAAUCCGCCAAUUUAAUGCCUCUAUGCUAGUGAAAGCGUGGAGCUAAUCGUAAUCGCAUACAAGUUGCAGCUGAUCUCUGGUCGGGGUUUGUGAAUUUGAACCGACAGUCAACGGUCGGGAUGCAGGCAGAAUGAAUUAGUUGUGCAAACAUGCGAAGGAUGAUAAAAUGAAGUUCGCCUGAGGGUAAUCAGCUGCCGGAUAGUGCAAAUGUUUGUUUAUCAGUUAGUGUGCCGUAGAACGUGGUACGUCCGUUCAUUUUGUAGUUUCGGUAAAUAGUUGAAAAUGUAAACUAUGUAUAAAAACAAGUGCACGUUUUGCAGUCUAGCGACAUCGACAAGCCGCAUUCAUGCCGUUCGGAUACUGCUGCUGUUGUUUAUAGUUAUUUUAGAUCUUACCGAUGGCAUGUACUAUUCAAACCACCAACGGACAGAAGAAUUUUCACAACCAACUCUUAACCCACCCGAACCCUACAUUGUUGCGUCAAUGUCCAAGAAUGCCACCGUCCGACGGGGAGACCCAGCCUUUCUGAGUUGUAUGGUCGAAAACCUCGGGAAGUAUACAGUGUCCUGGAUUUCGCAACGGGACCUGCGAAUUCUCACCAUCGAUCGGAUCACGUACACUGCGGACGAACGGUUUCAGUCCCUGUAUAAUGCGGAGACGAACGAGUGGAUUCUCCACAUCAAAUGGACCGAACGGAAAGAUACCGGCAUCUAUGAAUGCCAGAUUUCUACGAUGCCCGUCAAGAGUUUGGCGCUCUAUCUCAUCGUGCUAAAUGAGUCCGAGCUCGUAAGAAGACAGGAUGAUAUUCUAUAUGACCUACCAGUACCGACCAGUCUGCCGGAGACAAAACGAAACAGUUCCAGUGGAAACAGCGCCAAUAACGGUGACAUCUACAACCGGAUGUACUCGGACAGAGACUAUCUAUAUUUGACCGCCACCACGCAAAUAGUGGAAGGAACCAUGGUCUACGGGUACAAAGGCGAAAACCUGAAUCUGACCUGCAUCAUAAAUCACAACUACGAUCGACGACCGAGUUACGUUAUAUGGUAUCACCAAAAUGAUAUCGUUGCAUAUGAAUCGUUACGAAAACGGGACAAAUCUCCCCUAAACAGCAUCACAUCGUAUCAUAUGAUACGGAACGUCGACUUUGACGAUUCUGGCAACUAUACGUGCGCUCCGGAGCUGUACGGCGCUGCUAGUACCAUCGUCCACAUUUUGGAUGGUGACGAAAUGCGAGAUGUGAUAGCUGGCAACCUGGUAGGAGUAGGGAGUGGAUUUCUUCCAAGGAUAACGCCACUGGUGGCAUUGGUAGCCGGCAUGCUGAGCUUAUGCAUAUUUUAUUGUCAUCCGGACAAGGCGAGAUGAUGACAGUUAAUAAUACAUUUCAAUAUCGAGAUUGUAAAUAAUUUAAUGCAACAUAGGAUAAUUAAAAGCCGAAA